UUAAAUUUUCUUUGCCUAUGGCUCUAUUAUUAUAAUAUAUUGUAUAUUCUCGAAAUAUUGAAAUUAUUACCAUAUUUGAUUAUUCGUUUAAUUAUAGUUAGAAUAAUUAGAUAGUCUAAAUGGGGAAUGGAAAUUCACAUCAUCGUCGGCCUAAGAAGCAUUCUAAGGACGACGCUUCGUUAGCGGCACCCACUCCUUCAGAAGGCAGAUUGACACCUUCCAUGCAGCAUAGAGGAACAGUGGGAAAAUUUCAAGGCAAAGAUGUCAUGAUAAGCUACAGUCAUCAGGAUAUAGAUAUAAUGAGAAAAAUAAAAACUAUUCUUGAGAAAGCUGAUAUCACGGUAUGGGUUGACGAAACUGGUUUGUCUCCUGGUACUUCAUAUUUACGAGAAAUCGGUGAAGCAAUUGUAGAUUCUUAUGCAUUUCUUGUUCUUCUGAGUCAAGACUCCGUACAGUCCAAGUACUGUCAAGAUGAAGUUUCACUUGCGUAUAUAUCAAACAAAAGUAUAUUUGCUGUCGCCAUCAAACCUUUUGAUGAACUAACGCCUAUCAUGGAUUUGGGAAUGAAACUUACACUUUCUGCAGUACAAUGGCAUUUUAUAACCGGGGAAAGCAAGAUGCACGAACAACUUGAACCUUUAAUAUCAAGUAUUCAAGCUAAUUUAACAGUCUUGAAACAAACUCAAUCUGAUUCAGAAGCAGAAGAACGAACAACGGAUGUAGAUUCUCAUCUAACUGAUAGUGGCAGUGAGAGUGAUAAUGAAUCCGAGGAGGAGCCUAGUAAUUAUGUGAUGAACAGACAAGCAUUUAAGUUACGACGAUUAAUGAGCAGGACGAGAAUUUUGUCAGAAGAAGAUGAAUUAGAAGAUACAUCGGAAAUACAAACUGACAAAGAAUUCUGGAUUUCUCAUUUUGGGAAAGAUAUUCAGAUGGUAGAAUGGCCGAAAUUUUCGCAAGCGGUCGACACCACAUAUGCAGAAGUCUGGAAACAGAUGUUGGUGACUGAACAACAGAAACAAUUGUUACUUCAUCUUAUGAGCAAAGAAAUGGCAGUCAAGAAAAACGUUCUUAAUUUCAAAGAAUUUAAAAGAUUCUGCACGAGAGACAGAGAAACUCUUCCUCUGUCACAAGCGAUUCGACUUUAUGCAGCGGAAACAUAUGCAAUGAAAGAAGUCUUCAAUGUCAACUCUAGUGUUAGAUUGUCUGCAAUCGCAAAUCUGAGAAAGUACCAAUCCAAAGCAGUGAUCGACUCAUUGUUGGAUUUACUGGAAGGUGAAGAAGAUCCUGAUAUCACUGUAGUUGCAGCUAUAUCUCUCGCUCAUGCUGCUAGUGGAAUUAAAAUGUUUAAAAAGAGAGCUGAAAUUGGGCUUCUGUUAUGUUUGGAUCACAAAGAUAGAUUAGUACGAGAGAGUGGAUGUCUUGCAUUGGGAAGAUUGAAAAGUAAAAAGUCAAUUUCAAAACUUGUCCAGUUAUGGCGAAAUGACACAAUAUCAUCAGUAAGAGAAGCUGCACAAAUCGCUAUUAAUCAAAUUGGUGGAGACGAAGCCGAACAAGCAAUGCAUGUUACUAAAGUCUUAUCGGAAGAAAUCGGGUUACUGAAAAAAUCUGACUAAAUCAAUUUAUAUGUUCUAUUUUUUCUGAAAAGGUUUCUUUCAAGAAUUUGAUAAUGUUGAAAUUACUGGUUAAUUGUUGUUGCCUAAUUCUUGAUUUUGAACGAAUUUUAGUACAAGUGUAAAUUUUGAUUUUCAAACAUUUUUUUAGUUCCAGUAUUAUGCACUCUAUUUUCUUGCGGGUAUAUUCGAAUUUUUUUUUUUUCAAAAUUAAUGAAUAUGACUAUAAUUUUAUUUACAAAAUAAUAAGUUGUGGAUGUGUUGGCAAUUCUAUAGAUAUCAUAAUUAAAGUUUUGUUUAAUAUUUCUUCAAUAUGCCUUGAUAUGACAAUAAAAAUGAUAAAAUGUUUUACUCAUUUUUAUACCCAUCGUUUUUAUGAAUUAAUAAAAUUUUUUGAACUUUUUUAUUACCUGAACGCUUCCAUUUGAGUUUUAAAUAUAGUACAUUACACAACAUACCCACAAACAUAAAAAUGCUUGGUGUCUAGUGUUACUACCAGGUUUCCCCGAAAAUAAGACAGGACCUUAUUUCAAUUUUCUUUCGAAAAAUAACACUGGUGCUAUUUUGGGAGAUGUCUUUUAUUAUCAUUUAUCAAAAUUAUAAAGUGAAUAAUUACAAGAUUUACAAACAUACUAAAUAUGGAAACCAAUAUCCACUCACUUAUAAAUAACAUGUUUUCAUU